CAAGUAGCAAAUGGAAAGCACUCUCUCCUCGACCAUCUCUCCGGUGUUUUACAGAACCUCUCUCUCUCAGAGCCAGCCAUGGCUUUGCCUCAACACCAGUUUCAACACCUCCUAGAACUUCGACAACAACAGCAACAACCACCUAAACCAUCCAGAGAUAUCUAUAAUAACAUGAACGGUCAUAUUUCGCCGCCGGUGACCUACUUAAACGGUUCCAAUGUCCCCAAUCAGUCUCAACAUCGACCAUACAUUCCUCCCUUUCACGUGGUGGGGUUCGCACCGGGUCCGGCGGACGGGAACGAUAAUGGGCUCGAUAGUAAAAAGAGGCUAAAAGAGCAAGAUUUCUUGGAAAAUCAUUCACAGAUAUCAUCUGUUGAUUUCUUGCAGGCCCGAUCGGUGUCGACCGGGCUAGGUUUGUCGCUGGACAAUGGGCGUUUGGCUUCGUCCGGUGAUUCAUCUUUGCUUGGUCUUGGUGGUGAUGACAUUGAGCGGGAAUUACAGAGACAGGAGGCUGAGAUUGACAGAUACAUCAAAAUUCAGGGUGACCGACUGAGACAAGCAAUCCUGGAGAAGGUACAGGCGAACCAACUUCAGAUCAUCUCGUAUGUUGAAGAAAAAGUUCUUUCUAAACUCCGUGACAAAGAAGCAGAGGUGGAAGACAUCAACAGGAAGAAUAUGGAGCUUGAGUUGAGAAUGCAACAGUUGGCUGUGGAGGCCAGUGCUUGGCAACAACAGGCCAAUUACAACGAGAGCAUAAUCAACACCCUAAAGUUCAAUCUUCAGCAAGUUUUUGCACAGAGUAGAGAUAGUAAAGAAGGUUGUGGUGACAGUGAGGUAGAUGAUACAGCCUCUUGCUACAAUGGUCAUGCCAUCGAUUUCCAUCUGCUUGGCAAGGAUAACAACAAAAUGAAGGAGUUGAUGACUUGUAAGGUUUGUAGAGUUAAUGAAGUAUGCAUGCUUUUGUUACCUUGUAAGCAUCUCUGUUUAUGCAAAGAAUGUGAAAGUAAGCUUAGUAUUUGUCCGAUGUGUCACUCAUCGAAGUAUAUAGGUAUGGAGGUCUACAUGUAAUGGGAUAAACUGAAACUAAUGUCAUGUUAAUUUACAUUGUGAAUCUAAUGUCAUCGUAAGUUACUUGUGUUAUCCUUGCUGUUUAUUUAUCAUUGCUCCAG